AUGGCCGGCAAACGGGUCACUGAAAAGCGACCUGCGGUGAAAAAGUUAGCAGAGCUAUGCAGGACGCUGAGAAGACGCGAAAACAUGCCAAGCGUUUCAACCUACGCCUUGGAAGGCAGUGGUGGCAGCCGAUCAACCAGUGGCAUUAGCGGCGUGGUAGCACUGAGACGCUCUCGCCGAACGCGUAUGGGCCGCCGACGUAGGUCAAAGAGGCGUAGCCGGUCCGGUCGCCGACGUGGAAGGAGACGUAGUGGUACCGACGAAGAUGAAGACGACAUGACCACAGACACCGAGGAAAAUGAAAAUGACGACGACGAAUCGUCAACGGUCGAUGCGACAUCCCGGAGGAGGAGGAGGAGGAGGAGUAGAAGGAGGAGGCGAAGGGGCAGCCGACGGCGUCAGAUAAGUGGCGACGACCAUGAUGACGAUGAUUACACCACCGACGAUGCAGAGACUACCGACGACGCCUCGUCGCAUAGUGGCGGUGGCGUCCUCACGAUGGCGGCCAGUGGCUGCCCAAGUGCUUGUCCUCGUCGCCGGAAGAGGAGAAGAAGGAGGCGGUCGACAGGAUGCAGGAGGAGGCGGUCAAGUCGACGGUCGACUGGUUGCAAGAGGAGGAGGAGGAGAAGAAGUAGCUGCAGUGUCUUCGCGCUUGGCGAGUCCACCGUCGGCGAAACGUUGAACGACUUUGCAGAUGUGAGUGGAACAGGCCACUUGCGAAUGACGCGGAGCACUGAUCCGGACACCGUCGCCAGCACUCGUCGGGAUACCCGAAAAACACGUUCGGCGUCACGUAGUUCGGGCUCCGUCUAA